ACAUGCUGAAGUCCCGCUACCCCGCUGAGGAGGAAUAUCCCGACCUCUCCUCGCACAACAACCACAAGGCUAAGGUGCUGACCCCAGAGCUCUAUGAAAAACUCCGGGAUAAGGCUACACCCAGCGGCUUCACCCUGGAUGACAUCAUCCAGACCGGUGUGGACAACCCAGGGCACCCAUUCAUCAUGACUGUGGGCCGUGUAGCUGGAGAUGAAGAGAGCUAUGAAGUGUUCAAGGAACUGUUCGGUCCUAUCAUUGAGGACCAACAUGGAGGCUACAAGCCUUCAGCUGUCCCCCAUAAGACUGAUCUUAACCCUGAUCAUUUGCGGGGUGGUGAGGACCUGGAUCCCAACUAUGUGCUGAGUUCUCGUGUUAGAACUGUCAGGAGCAUCCGAGGAUUCUGCCUGCCCCCACACUGCAGCCGGGGCGAGUGCCGAGCCAUAGAGAAGCUCUCUGCGGAAGCUCUGGCCAGCCUGGAGGGUGACCUGAAUGGGAAGUACUACGCUCUGGAGAACAUAACUGAGCAGGAACAGCAGCAGCUGCUUGAUGAGCACUUCCUCUUUGACAAGCCUGUCUCCCCACUCCUCUUGGCAUCUGGCAUGGCCGGAGACUGGCCUGAUGGCAGGGGCAUUUGGCACGAUGACAACAAGACCUUUCUGGUGUGGAUCACUGAGGAAGAUCACCUGAGGGUCAUCUCCAUGCAGAAGGGCGGCAACACGAAGGAGGUGUUCACACGCUUCUGCACAGGGCUCCCCCAGAUUGAAACCAUUUUUAAGACCAAGAACCGCGAGUUCAUGUGGAACUCCCACCUGGGCUACAUCCUGACAUGCCCCUCCAAACUGGGCACAGGCCUGCGUGCAGGUGUCCACAUCAAGCUUCCCCACCUGGGCAAGCAUGUGAAAUUUGGAGAGGUGCUGAAGAAGCUGAGGCUGCAGAAGAGGGGGCCAGGGGGUGUGGACAUGGCUGCUGUGGGUGGUGUCUUUGACAUCUCCAAUGUUGACCAAUUGGCCUUCUCAGAGGUGGAGCUGGUGCAGAUGGUGGUGGAUGGUGUGAAGUUGCUCAUAGAGAUGGAAAAGCGCUUGGCCCUUAUGCCAGCCCAGAAAUGA